UCCCACGACGCAGACACGCCACGCUCCGCUCCGCUCACUCCCUCCCUCUCUCCCCAAGCUCGCAUCCUGUGCUUUUCGGCUCAAGAUGGCGGUGCAGGCAGCAGAAAAGGACGGAAUAAACAUGGACGGGGAUCACACGCUGAACGACUCACUGGAGAACCCCGCUCUGAUCUCACCCGACAAGGAGGAUUUAUCCCGUCUUUUGGUGGGGUGGGGGUGUUGUGCGCAGACGGUGCCUUUCAGCGGGCGCAUCCGCGGCGGAAUGCGGCCGGGGAAGAAGAUCAUAGUGAUGGGCAUCGUCGAUCUGGAGCCACACAGCUUCGACGUCAGCCUGACCUGCGGACGGGAUUUGGAAAAGGAUGACCCGCCGUUCGACGUGGCCCUGAAACUCACCGUUAGCUUCAGCAACCGGCAGUUUAUGCGGAGCGCCCGCGUCUCAGGGAAAUGGACGGAUGAGGAAGCUUCCACCUCCUACUUCCCUUUCAUCCCUGACCAGCCUUUUAGGAUUGAGAUCCACUGCGAGCACCAGCGCUUCCGGAUAUUCGUGGACGGACACCAGCUCUUUGACUUUUAUCACAAAGUGAAAUCCUUGUCCUCAAUCGACACAGUACGGAUACAAGGAGACCUACAGAUCACCAAGCUCGGUUAACGCUCCCUGCCCUUCCCACUCGCAGGAGAUCUGUUUUGUGUGUGAAGCAAAGACUUAAUCACAAAUGACCGCACACACACUAGCGCAUUACAUCGUCACCGGUAAGCCGUUAUGCAGCGCUGCAGCAGCAUUCCAUGUUGGGGGUAAAAUAACUCUCUAGAGAGGACUAUUUAGGAUUUUUCAGCUUUUUUUUCUUCAGCUGUGAGGAUAUAAUGCGUUUCUACUCAUUUCUUUCUUUUUAACUUUAUAUCCAAUCAUUUAAUUUAAGCUCUAAAACCUUCAUAAGUAAAAGCAAACCUCUAAAAUAGAUUGUUUGGGAGGAAACUUUGAGUUCAAGAUUGGAAAAUUACUGUUUUGAUUAUGAUCUACGCUUUCAAGGAUGCUUUAAUAGAAAUUAUUCUUCAGAUGAAAAAAAAUAAAUCUGCUCAUAUUGUUCAAGAGUCAAGCAAAUUUACCAGUAACUGCUGCACAAUGAGGUUUACUCCAGAUAAAACUGUCAGUAGAAAUAUCACUGUCCCCCCCCCAACCCCCUCGAGUGUUUGGAUUUAGUUUUAUUUCAAAGCUCAGAGAUGUCAAUUCAGUUCAAAUUUAAAGUCUUAUUACUGCAGAACUAAAACUUUCUGGCCUAUUUGUUACUUUUCCGCCGUUGCACUUUCAACUCUUGUGCUCUCCAUGAGGUCUAUCCUAGUUUACGUGAUGAUGUGCUGCAGCCUCCCCGACCUAAAUACCUAAAAACCAGGAUUAUAUUGAGACGUCCCAUAUUGCUGUGUGCUGCGUUCGCAGGCAGAGUUUUAGCGACUCCUGCUAAAACAGAUGGAAACAUAAAAUCAUGUUGAAAUGACUUAUUUUGUGUAAUUGGCUUAACUUCAAGAAAUCCUUCAAACCUGAAAGCAGGACCACGUCGUUGGCGGUACUUUGAAUGUAAGAUGUGCAUGUUUCCAUGGUCGUGCAGACAGCAUAGCGAUGUACAUAACUAAUUUAAAACGUUUAAUAGUUCAAUUGAUUUUGCAGUGUGGCUGUCGAUGUCACAGUUCAGGAACGUGUGUUUUUAUUUGUGUUUUCUGAAUCAUUCCACACCAGCUCAUAGCGAGGGAGAGCUUUAAUGUCACCAGCAGCUCCUUCUGAAGUCUUGCUAGUAACAAUGCAACGCACCAGUCUGUCACUAUGACUGUUCACUACGUGCAGAAGAUCCCUUUUUUCCCUCGGUUAUGACAAUUCUGCACUAAUUGUUGUAGAAAAACGGCUAAAAGUCGUACUUCCUGUUGGUGCUGCUACUGCUCCUCUUCCAGUAUUAACAUUGUUACAGAGUUGUAAGUUCCUGCUGAAGCGCCAUUAAGAUGAAAUGUACUAAAAUUUCACAGAGAAAGCAAAGGCUGUGGGUUGCCAGGUUGGGACACGCUGAUUAAAAUAUAGCAUAUUUUGUCAACCGUCAUGUUACUGAGUGAUCAAUUAAGUUUAUUGAGUAUUACUUUAUUGCUGCAAUAUUUACUAUAUUUAUUUGGUUAUUGAAGUUGAGGCUGUUGAAUACCUCCGGCUUUGUAAAGUCAUCAAGUGGUGUUUUUGUUACAAUGAAAUCUGAUCUGCAUGAACCAGCUGAAAUGUUUUUUUUUGUUUUUUUUAAUAAUCUUGCUCGACUGUCAUGAAAUAGAUAAUGGUAACUUCAAAUAACCAGUCACAAAGCCCAUCUUUUGCUGUGGAUAGACCAAAACUGAUAGAAGAAAAAUUGUCACUGAUUGGUGACAUUAAUCUAGACUGAACCUCUCUGAGGCCUUAUACACACGUAGCCAGGUCUUUAUAAAAACAAAUAUCUUUGUCACAUUAUUUAAAAAAAUCUUGUACACAUGAAAUCUGUUUUCUGACAAGUUUUCAUCCACAUUAACUUGCAUAAAUAUGCCUCUGUGUGUUGUUUUAAACAUGCCAGACCCACAGGGGGCGGUGAAGUGCUAAGCUAAAACCCAUGUCGGCCAAUCAUAUUGCUUGAAAACAACCACAACUUCCUGUUGGGGAUUAAACAUGGCGCCAGGAGGUUCAUUUUUGUGGAGAGCUAUGCAGGUUGAACUACUUUUAAAUCGUAUUAGAACAUGAAGUUAAAACACAAGAUGAUGUUGAUUUGGAAUCAUUUCAAAGCGAGCAUGUGGAUAUGUUGACUCAUGAAUAAUCUGGACUCUAAAUCUCAGUUUCACAGACAAAUAUGAAGUUUUUUUUAAACGUGGACUUUGGUCUGAGUUUGUAUAAAUGCGUGUCUUUUUUGAUAUUAAACAGUUUUUGUGAGGGAGAAAGGCCAAAAUUAAUAAAAAAUUUUGUUUUUCUCAAUAUCCGGCUAUGUGUGAACUAGGCCUAAAAUUCAAACAAAACUAGAGAACAAUAGGUUUUUUACUUGUGAAGGAUAUUUUUAGGAAAAUUUCAUAGAAAGAAAUUUGCCACAAAUUUGACCUCUGACACCAUCUAGUAUACUCCACGUUGAUCACAAAGAGUUCAAAGGUCUUUCUGUCGUUGCUGCUGUGAAUCUGGAGUAAGCCAUGACAUCUGUGCCCUAACCGACGUGCUGACUUCACUGCCUAGAACUUCAUCCACCAUAUCGCUUUUUAGACAUUUUCUUUCUCUCCUCAUGCCCCAUCCAUCAAAAUCUCAAUGUAUGCACUAACUGUUCAUUCUCCCCCUACUGUAGCAAUAAAUAACGUUGCUGCUGUGUGAUCGAGGUCUGCUCUGAGGCAGAGUGCCUCUUUGAACCGGGUCUUUCCUGAGUUCAGUCCUUGUUCUUCGCUGGCAGGCACUCGUUUAUUUUGGACACAAACAGGAAGUGCGCGCGAUGUGGUAUGCGAGUGUGCCGAGAGGUCAGAUCAGAUCUCUACAUGAUGUGCAAAUGGGCAUUGAUGGUGUUUGGUAUACUUUCUUCUGUCUUUUUGUUGUUUUUUUUAAGUUUACGAACAAUGACCAUUGCUACUGCCUCAACGUGUUGAUAUGGUCUACGUGACUCGGUGGUACGGUGCUGGUGGUAGAUGUGUGUUCAGUUCAGUGUCAUGUUUGUUGGUCCCCGGCUGUCGCGCUGUUUUCAGAGUUGACUGCUGCAGGAAUUAUGGGGGAGGGAGAUAAACAAUUGAGAAAUUAUAGCUCUGUUUAUGUCAAGCUUUCUCAGCAGGGACUCUCUGCGACAGUCGCAAUCGGUCAUUUGCAAGUUUGUUUGCUUUUUUUCUUUAGUGGGUUGUACUAGGCACGGGUCUAAAUCAGAUUCUCAUGGUAUAACAUUGCCAGAACCAAAGCCUUUCAACAUAAAAACAAAUGCAUAACAUUGCUUUUAUUUAACACAAAAAAUAUUCCUACUGUUGCUAAAUAGUGGAACAUAUUACAAGUUUAAUAACAUCAAUAAUAAUUUCUCGUUACACUGAUUUCAAAAGAAAGACCUGAGCAAGAAACAGACUCCUGAAAUUAAUGCUGAUCUUGGUUGGAUGGAUCUUUUUGGGUAGGAUUGUCAGUCUUAAAAGAGGCUUAUUGUGCAAAAUUCGUAUUCUGCACUUUUUGUACUUCCAUUUGAGUUUCUCCUGCUUCUAAAAACAGCACAAGUGCUUUGGGGUGAAAAAAAUCAUCCAGAUGUUUUUUGCUGUCUGGAAAAAUGACCCGUUUCAAAGUCCUCCACAAAGUAACGAUGCAAAUCAGCAGGAACUGCGCCUCACCUAGUAAACCAAGCAGAACUCCAGCACGUUGAUCAGCUGGUUUUACCACUGUCUGCGCUGUACAAUGGCUGCUGGAAAAGAUGAGUUUUGUUGUUGACUCACCAUUCGGACACCAGUUACAGCAUUCUUGUUGGUUGUACAGGAGGCUCUAUUAAUGCUUUUCAAAGCUGUACGGUUGUAUAAUUACGCAUUUGUUUUGUUAUUUUCAUGUGAGUGUAAACGCUGAGUUGGAGGGCCUGGCCAGCAGUAGCUCAUUUGGAUUUAUAGUACAAAGAGGCCCUAAAACGCCUCAUUCUGAAAGGAAAAUGGGCAGAACUGACCAGACUGAAAAAUGUAAGCAAAAAAUAAAAACUUUUUUUUUUAAUAGACCUAUUCUAACCUGUUCACAUAAGGCACCUUGAAGUGUUAAUCAACGCUUCUUUAUUUGCAACUCCGUUACUUUAUAAAAGUAUUUCUAUACAGCAGAAAGAAGAAAACACUUGACGGUGUGCAACAACAGGUGGGAGAGGGGCAGCAGCUCCAUCACAGCCAAACCCAACUGUUGCACCUUCUCGACCAUCUCAUUGAAAAGAAAAACGUCAAACUGUUACAAACGGUAUUCAGGAAACUUUAGCGUGUUUUUUAUUUUUUUUUAUUUUUUUUUUUACCUUGACCCUGGUAUCCAUGCCAUGCUUAGGUUGUAACCAUGUCUGCAGUGCAUGGUGCACAGCACAUAGCAACUUUGUAGGGUACUCGUAUGUUCCUUCUUAGUUCUGUUGCACUUUAGCCCCACCUUCGAGACUCCAGGUUUGGUACGUGCGCUCAGAAAGCUUCUGUUCUGUACUUGUUGAUCUCCUUAUGAUCCCAUGAAUCCUCCACAAAGUAAUGGAAAGUGAACUCUGGGAAAUGUUAACUUUUUUUUUUUUUAAACUCCAGACUGUUCCAUUAUUUGCUCUACAAACCCAUUUAAAAUGGAAAAAUGUAACCGAAGAACUGAAUGUCUCUCUCUUUCUGAUUGUAACCGGUUUAAACCCGACCCGGCUCCUACUGCCGCCAGAAUUUAUUCCCAGCUGUGUUCAAGUAAGAAAAUCCACAUCUUAUUUUGAAAGCUUCCAGUUGAUAUGUGUGCUACCCUGUUUUUUUUGUUUUUUUUUUCUAGAUGUAGAUACUGGUGGGCGUGGCCUGAGGGGAUUUAUUUUGUACAUUCUAUGAAUGAGUUGCGAGGCAUAAAUAUGUGCGUGGCAGCUCGUAAACGGAACCGUUCUCCCCCUCUCCAGUUUCUGGUUUGGUCCAGCAUGCUGUCCAUUUUCUCUUCAUCAUUCAAUGUUUGUUGAGGCUGUUUACAGAAAAGUAUGAAUAAAAAUGUUCUGUUCCAGUACAUAAGAAAUCCCAACUAUUUCAUUAUCUAUGGUUGAAAUAGAUAUUGAAAUUGCUAAUAAUUUUUUUUUCCUUCCAGUUGGAACAACUUUCUAAAAGUGCUAGAAACGAAAACGGCUGUUGUGUGAAAUGCUCCAUCCCAUUUAUUUACAAAGUGUCCUAGUAGAAGUAGGCCAAUCUCUUUCUAAUGUGUUGUGUGGUUGUACAGGUCAUUUUCUAAUAAUUUAUUGUAACCUGCGGGAUCAGUGAGCCUGCUCUAUGACGCUGUCUAAAUAAAGGCAUACUGAGAAGUCACAGUU